AUGGGGAACUGCUCUGGUCGAGACUUGGAGGCGGUGGAAGCACGGGUCGCGCGUCCCGACACCAGACCGAUGCGCGCCGCAGCUCCCGAUCAAUCACAUCAACCACAGCGACGACGGUCCAAGCUGGCCGAGUCGUUCCAGAGACGCAAGUCCAAUUCUUUCUUUGAACGAAGCAGCAGCAGCAUGCGGCAGAAAGCGCAUCGCUUCUCCUUGAACUUCAUGCCACGACAAGAGUCGGACAUUCCCAUCGCGGAAGACUCACCGCACGAGCUGGACCGGAGAAAGGGUGCUCCGCGGACUCCCGACACUGAAUACUAUCGCAGCGACACGGACGAAAUCAGCAUCGACAUCGAUUUGAUCCUUGGCCACGAUUUCGACUCGCCGGGGAUUAUCCACGCGCGAUGGGGCGAACCUUCCGAGGACGACGACGAAGUAUGCAUGGACUACCAAGCGAACCCGUUCAAGGUGGGGUUCUGCAUCAACUGCCAGAAGCAGCACGAGUUCACCGAAGCGGGCGAAGUCAAGGCGAUCAAGGAGUACAAGCGAAUAUCGACCUUGAACGUGUGGCAACUGCAGUUGCCGACCAACCCCAACAUCUCCAUCGCACCCGAAGCCAUGAUCGGCGUCGGCCGAACGAAUGCCAGCUACAGCCAGCGGAACCUGCGCCUGUCCACGCUCUCGGACGGCGGGAGGGAGUCCGACGUCGACCUCACCCAGAUCCUCAAGCAGCGAAGGGACAUCCUCCUCAAGCUCCAGCAAGCCAAGACGGAGAAAGCUCCCGCCGCUCGUUCAUCGAAUGACGACAGUUGGCUCUGA